CACUUGUUCCACACACACACACACACACACACAGUUUGCAGGAAGAUCUUACUCGUGUUCCGGUCAUGCCUCUUUAAGGGAUAAUGAUUCAUUUCGAUUGCUGUGUUUACUAUAAUGAGUUAUUUUUGCAGGCGGAUUGUUAAGCUGUUCGUAAAUAAAAGUUGGUGCAGGAAGAGCUUUUACUUUCGUUUUCUCUGAACAGUAAAUAUGGGUGUGUUUCAGCUGCUCUUUCGCCUUCUGUUAUUUUUCAGUAGACUUCCUGGUCGUGUUUUCUCCUUCAUUGCGCGGCGGUUCAAAGCUAUGGCCAGAUCUCGGAGGUCUCUGAGACAGGACCAGGUUAUGGGUAACACACCUAAUUUUUCAAAGGACUAUGACGAGCAAUAUGACUCAACAUGGGAAGAUGAAAGUGAUGGUGAGGAGAGUAGAGAGUCCUCUAUGCAGUGGUCACACAGGAACACACAUGCUGCAAAAGACAUGCAGACCUUCAGACACAAGUUUCGGAAAACCCAACAUGAUGACAGUACAGAUGAUUAUUUGGAGGAUGAUGAAGAAUUACCGAAUCUGCAUUUUUACCAAAACGACAUGCCUUUCUACCCUGAUGGUGUGUUGAUUGAGGAUUUUCACUUUAACUGGUUUGGUGACUACGGCAGGCUGGAAUAUGUGCACUCCUACAUUCAAUGGCUGUUUCCAAUUCAGGAGAAGGGAAUGAACUAUGCAUCACGUGAACUUAGCCUAAAAGAAAUCAAGCUGUUCCGUACAGAUGAGGAGGUGCAGAGAAGAUUUUUGACGUCUUACAAGCUCAUGUUGGACUUCUAUGGCAUAGAACUUGUCAGCGAGGACAGUGGAGAAGUGAAACGUGCAGAAAACUGGAAAGAGCGAUUUGCAAACCUAAAUAGAAACACACACAACAAUCUUCGCAUUACACGCAUCCUAAAGUGCCUGGGUUUACUGGGGUUUCGUCACUAUCAAAAACCUCUGGUUCAUUUCUUCCUUGAGGAGACUCUAGUCAAUGACCAACUUCCACGAGUAAAGCACAGCGUUCUGGACUACUUUAUGUUCGCAGUUCUGGACAAAGAUGAACGAAAAGACCUGAUCAAAUUUGCAUACUGUAAUUUUAAGCCAAAAGAGGAUUUUGUGUGGUGUCCUAGGAGGAUUCGUAAUAAAUUGGAAAAAGAAACAGUGAGCCACAAAUUAAAUGCUGGUUCCAAUGAAGGAGAAUCAAGUGAUUCAACCUCUCAAAGUGAUCAGAAUGAUCUGAUGAACAGCAGAGUACACAAGAAAAAUGAAAUCAAAACAGAUACUAAUGAAGACACAGGUAAUAAUAAAUCUCUUCGCUGUGAAAGCAGAAAUGAUGAGAAUGUGUCAGGUGAGAGUCAAGAUUCUGAGGAACAAGCUUCACCUGUCCCUGCUGUAGGAAAUGCAAAUACGAUUGUCACUAAUGAAAGAACGGAAGGACCAUCAAGAGUUGAUUCUCAGCAUGAGGCUUACAUGGAUUCAGAUGGUAAAGCUGCAAUCCAGAAGGAUGACAAGACAGCGACAGAUAAGGAGAUCGCGAAUUCUGUACAAAAUGGUACAAAAAAAUCAGAUGAGAAUGGCAGUGAAUAUGCUGACUCUACCAAACAGUCAAAAGUUCUGAGUGGUGAUGAAACCUUUGACAGUAGCACAGCCAUUGAUAAAAGCACCAAUAAAAAGCAAACACAAACUUCUAAUCAGAGCUCCAGAAUCGAGAAUGUUGCAAACGAAACACCUGCAUCAGGGGGAAACUCAGGGAGUGUGGAACAAAAUCAAGGAGACAAAGUUGAAAACCAAGAAGACAAAUCUGACAACCAAGGAGACACGGCUGACAACCAAGGAGACACGGAUGAGAACCAAGGAGACAAGGCUGAAAACCAAGGAGACAAAUCUGAAAACCAAGGAGACAAAUCUGAAACCCAAAAAGUCAAAUCUGAAAACCAAGGAGACGAAUCUGAAAACCAAGGAGACAAAUCCGAAAACCAAAAAGUCAAAUCUGAAAACCAAGGAGACGAAUCUGACAACCAAGGAGACAAAUCUGACAACCAAGGAGACAAAGCUGAAAACCAAGGAGACAAAUCUGAAAUCCAAAAAGACAAAUCUGAAAACCAAGGAAACAAAGCUGAGCAAGGCAAUAAAGAUAAGACAAAAUCACAGUAUACUGAUGGAGAUUCCAAAGAAAUUGUUUCAGAAGAAAUCCAGAAGAGUGGCCAUGAAUCACCAAAAGACAGUGUGGCGACUGGAACUGCCACAAACACUGAGACAAAUUCUGCAUGCUAUGAUGAAGAAAAAUCAGCAGAUAAGAAUAGUCAUAAAUAUACUACUACGUCUCCUGGACAGGACAAUGCUUCGUGUAGAAUUUUCAAACAAACCUCUGAUCAAAACUCGGUCAGUAGUAAAACGAUACACAUGCCUGGAUCAGACAGAAACAUAGAACAUCAGCAGCAAGAGAGUGGUGAAGUAGCUGAAUUGCUUAAUGCACCCAAGUCCAUGGCAAAUUUCAGCAGAAGUGAACCUGACAAAGAUGCUCAAUCUAAAUGUGGUCCCAAUCCAGAUUCUACUACUCUGAUGAAAACGCCUGAAUCAGAUGAAAACAUGGGGAAUCCGCACAAAGGAAGUGAACAGCAAAACCAAGGCGAUGAAAUGUUAAAUACCACCGCAGAAGCAAAUACAAAAGAAACAAGCGUAUGACAAAAAAGAUGAUUCAGUACAUCAAUCUGUGGAAGAUAAUACCGAAGACAGGCUUACUGAAGAGCAUAAUAAUGCUGUCACAUCACACAAUAAUGAUAAUUCAGAUUCAACAGAAGAUAAUAAUAGAGACUACACUGAAUCUGAACAAGGCACAAGGCACAAGAGUGAUGUUAACUCAUCUCAGGUUAUUCCUGGUAAAGAUUCAGAGACAGGAGAGAACAGUAAAGAAAAGUCUGUUGAGGACAAAAAGACAGAAAUUGGGUGUGUGAGAGAUGGAGGAACUGACAAAAAGUGAGGUUUAAAUAUUGUUUGACCAGAGAUGUUUAAGGGAUGAUGUGAUUUUGCUUGUUUUUUGAAAAUACAAAAAAUCUCUUCUUUUUUCGUGAAAUUUGUUCUUACAUUUAAUAUGAUUGUUUUUUAUUGCAAACGUUUAAUUUGAUUUUUUUAUCCAAGUCAUGGUGAAUCCAGAGCCUGUUCCAAGAACAGGUGGUAAUACACCCUGUAUGGGACGGCAUUACAGCCCAUGUAGCCUAUUUUAAUAAACUGAACAAGAAAAAUUUAUAGAAAUAAUAACUUUUUGUGCUGUGGAUGUGAUAAAUGAUGUGAUAAAAAUGUAUGAAUUCUGAUCCUGUCAAAGAAUGUGCUUAAUAAACACUGGA